CAGAUGAGACCGCUCCUGACCCGGGGUCCCGAUGAAGAAGCUGUUGUGGAUCUUGGCAAAACCAGCUCAACUGUGAACACCAAGUUUGAAAAGGAAGAACUAGAGAGCCAUCGAGCUGUAUACAUCGGUGUUCACGUCCCGUUUAGUAAAGAGAGUCGCCGGCGUCACAGGCAUCGCGGACACAAGCAUCACCACCGGAGGAGGAAAGACAAGGACUCGGACAGAGAGGAUGGACGGGAGUCUCCUUCUUAUGACACGCCAUCCCAGAGAGUCCAGUUCAUCCUCGGCACCGAGGACGACGAUGAAGACCACAUCCCCCACGACCUCUUCACAGAGAUGGACGAGCUCUGCUACAGAGACGGAGAGGAGUAUGAAUGGAAGGAAACUGCCAGAUGGCUGAAAUUUGAAGAGGAUGUUGAAGAUGGUGGUGACCGGUGGAGUAAACCUUAUGUGGCAACUCUUUCUUUACAUAGUCUUUUUGAGCUGAGAAGUUGCAUCUUAAAUGGAACAGUCAUGCUGGAUAUGAGAGCAAGCACUCUCGACGAAAUAGCAGAUAUGGUACUGGACAACAUGAUCGCCUCUGGCCAGUUGGACGAAUCCAUCAGAGAGAAUGUCAGAGAAGCCCUUCUAAAGAGGCACCACCAUCAGAAUGAGAAGAGGUUCACCAGCCGGAUCCCCCUAGUUCGAUCUUUUGCAGACAUAGGCAAGAAACAUUCUGAUCCUCACUUGCUUGAAAGGAACGGGGAAGGCCUCUCAGCCUCCCGCCACUCUUUGCGAACAGGUCUGUCUGCCUCAAACCUUUCCUUGAGAGGAGAGUCGCCUCUAUCUCUUCUUGUCAGUCAUCUUCUUCCUUCUUCGAGAGCCGGGACCCCUGCGGGCUCGAGGUGCACAAGCCCCGCGCCCACCCCUCAGAGCAGCCCUCCUUCCAGCCCUGGCCUCAGCCGCCUCCACGCCAGCCCUUCCCGGCAGAGGCAGCCGCAGGCCCCAGAGCUCCUGGUGCCGCCUGCCAGUGCCGGCGUCCCCACGGUAGUAAUCCAUCCGCCCGAGGAAGACUUAGAAGCGCUCCAAGGCCAGGAGCAGAAGAACGAGGAGAAUGUUGGCGUCACUGCAGGUAUUUUGGCCUCUCCACAGUCUGCACCUGGAAACUUGGACAAUAGUAAAAGUGGAGAAAUUAAAGGUAAUGGAAGUGGAGGAAGCAGAGAAAAUAGUACUGUUGACUUCAGCAAGGUUGAUAUGAAUUUCAUGAGAAAAAUUCCUUCAGGAGCUGAGGCGUCCAAUGUUCUGGUGGGAGAGGUGGAUUUUUUAGAAAGACCUAUAAUUGCGUUUGUGAGACUGGCUCCUGCUGUUCUUCUCUCUGGGCUAACCGAGGUCCCCGUCCCUACAAGGUUUUUGUUUCUGUUAUUGGGGCCUGCAGGCAAGGCGUCGCAGUAUCACGAAAUUGGAAGAUCAAUAGCCACCCUCAUGACAGAUGAGAUUUUUCAUGAUGUAGCUUAUAAAGCAAAAGACAGAAAUGACCUCUUAUCGGGAAUUGAUGAAUUUUUAGAUCAAGUGACCGUCCUGCCUCCAGGAGAGUGGGACCCUUCCAUACGCAUAGAGCCCCCAAAGAGUGUUCCCUCUCAGGAAAAGAGAAAGAUUCCUGUAUUUUCCAAUGGAUCUGCCCCCAGCUCGGGCGAUGCCCCAAAGGAGGCAGCGCACCACGAGGGGCCCGAGCUCCAGAGGACUGGACGGCUUUUUGGUGGUUUGAUACUUGACAUCAAAAGGAAAGCACCUUUUUUCUUGAGUGACUUCAAGGAUGCAUUAAGUCUGCAGUGCCUGGCCUCGAUUCUUUUCCUAUACUGUGCCUGUAUGUCUCCUGUAAUCACUUUUGGAGGGCUGCUUGGAGAAGCUACAGAAGGCAGAAUAAGUGCAAUAGAGUCUCUUUUUGGAGCAUCAUUAACUGGGAUUGCCUACUCGUUGUUUGCUGGGCAACCUCUCACAAUAUUGGGGAGCACAGGUCCAGUUUUAGUGUUUGAAAAAAUUUUAUUUAAAUUCUGCAGAGAUUACCAGCUUUCCUAUCUGUCUCUGAGAACCAGUAUUGGUCUGUGGACUUCUUUCCUGUGCAUUGUUUUGGUUGCAACAGAUGCAAGCAGCCUUGUGUGUUACAUCACGCGGUUCACCGAAGAGGCUUUUGCAGCUCUCAUCUGCAUCAUAUUCAUCUACGAGGCUUUGGAGAAGCUCUUCCAUUUAGGAGAAACAUAUGCCUUUAAUAUGCACAACAAUUUAGAGGAACUGACCAGCUACUCAUGUGUGUGUGUUGAGCCUUCUAACCCUGGCAAUGAAACGCUGAAGACGUGGGAGGAAAAGAAUGUGACAGCCCGUGACAUUCCCUGGGGGAACCUCACUGUGUCUGAGUGUAAAGUCUACCAUGGUACAUUUGUAGGAUCAGCAUGCGGUCUCCAUGGACCUUAUAUUCCAGACGUGCUCUUUUGGUCUGUCAUCUUAUUUUUCACAACGUUUUUUCUGUCUUCAUUCCUCAAGCAAUUUAAGACCAAGCGCUAUUUUCCUACCAAGGUGCGAUCGACAAUCAGUGACUUUGCUGUGUUUCUCACCAUAGUAAUAAUGGUUGUAAUUGACUACCUUGUAGGAGUUCCCUCUCCUAAACUUCAUGUUCCUGAAAAAUUCGAGCCUACUGAUAAAAAUAGGGGCUGGAUCAUAAGCCCACUGGGAGAGAACCCUUGGUGGACCUUACUAAUAGCUGCCAUUCCGGCUCUGCUCUGCACCAUUCUCAUCUUCAUGGAUCAGCAGAUUACAGCGGUGAUCAUCAACAGAAAGGAGCACAAGUUGAAGAAAGGAGCCGGCUACCACCUGGACCUGCUCGUGGUCGGUGUCAUGCUGGGGGUGUGCUCUGUCAUGGGCCUUCCGUGGUUUGUGGCUGCAACAGUGUUGUCAAUAAGUCAUGUCAACAGCCUGAAAGUGGAAUCUGAAUGCUCUGCUCCUGGGGAGCAACCCAAGUUUUUGGGCAUUCGUGAACAGCGGGUGACAGGGCUAAUGAUUUUUAUUCUAAUGGGCCUGUCUGUGUUCAUGACUUCAGUACUAAAGUUCAUUCCAAUGCCUGUUCUAUAUGGUGUUUUCCUUUAUAUGGGAGUUUCCUCAUUAAAAGGAAUCCAGCUCUUUGACCGCAUCAAGCUGCUCGGCAUGCCGGCCAAGCACCAGCCCGGCCUGAUCUACCUGCGCCACGUGCCCCUCUGGAAGGUGCACGCCUUCACCGCCGUCCAGCUCACCUGCCUGGUCCUGCUGUGGGUGAUAAAAGCCUCCGCGGCUGCAGUCGUGUUCCCCAUGAUGGUUCUUGCAUUAGUCUUUGUUCGCAAGCUCAUGGAUCUGUGUUUCACAAAGAGAGAGCUUAGUUGGCUUGAUGACCUCAUGCCAGAAAGUAAGAAAAAAAAAGAAGACGACAAAAAGAAAAAGGAGAAAGAGGAAGCUGAGCGAAUGCUGCAAGCUGGUGAAGACACUGUGCACCUUCCAUUUGAAGGGGGAAGCCUCCUGCAGAUUCCAGUGAAGGCGCUAAAGUACAGUGUUGAUCCCUCAGUUGUUAACAUAUCAGAUGAAAUGGCCAAAACUGCACAGUGGAAGGCACUGUCCAUGAACCCUGAGAAUGCCAAAGUAACCAGACCUAACCCGAGCCCUGAAAAACCUGUAAGUGUGAAAAUAAAUUUUGAAGAUGAACCAAGAAAGAAAUACCUGGAUGCUGAAACUUCAUUAUAG